CAGACUCCAGACCAAAGCAGCAGUGCUGUCGGAGAUUGCGCGUGGAAGCGGAGAUUUGCAAACUACAGCAUUUCUUUGUCCUGGGCAUAUGCAGGAUAUUAUCACAGCGUCAUUGAAUAUUCGUCGUGUCGUUUGGGAGCUUCAUUAUUUUAGAUAAAAACAUUUGCUUUACGGGUGAAAAGUUGAGAUUCACAGCGCGAGCGAGAUGAUGCUUGAAUCCAUUGAAGUUACAGAACUGCUCCAUUGGCCAGGGCUGGAAACAUCUAAGAGUUGUGUCCUGAGCCCUUUGGAGAAGCCUGUGAGCCCCAGUCAGCUGCGUCUGGAGCACAUCUCCUCUGACAUUCUAAAGGACCUGAUUAACACGACCACCAGCAGCUACAACACACUGCUGCAGAAAGAGUCAGAUGCUCAAGAGAGCCCUAAAAGCUCAUCUUACAAGUUCCCGAAAAGAGUCUCCAUGGCGACGCAUCGCGACAGACCCCUGCCGACCCUUGCACCUCUCACAAUGAGUGGGCUGGCUUUUGGUUGCAGAGAUACCAGGCAUGCUCAGUCUGUGUUCUCCUGUUUCUCCACCAACAGCUCCAAGCAAACAAACAGCAUUACUGUGCUGGGCAGUGCCAUCCGUCUGUCCCCUUGCUCCAUCCCCAGGCCCAAAAACAGCUGCCCAGCCGGCACAAAACUCCCGCAGCUUUCCAGAGUGCUCUCUACUGCACGUGAUGGAGAGAACUCAAUCAAGAAGCUGUGCAUCCUCACUGCCAUAAAGCCAUCCAACGUGGAGAAGGAGAAGGCCAGGUUUUUCAAAUCAGACUUUAAAUACAACCCUCAGUUUGUGUACAGCAAUCCUCUGCCUCCACAAAUACUAGCAAAGCACAGCAACGCUUCAGACCGCUUCCUCACACAGGCUGUGAGGAUCAUGGAGUUGGCCCUACAGAAGUACGGCUCGUAUGAGAAGUUUGAGCAGGCUACAGGAGGAAACCUCCUCACCAAGAGCCGCAUCUGGUGCCACGUCAAGAAAUACAUGGAGAAGGAAGGAUGCAUAGGAGAGAUUGUGGUUCAUCUUACUGAUGACCUCCUGUCCAGAGCGUCCAUGACUGUGGUGAACAGCAGGCCUACGCUCACCAUUAACAUCUCUACUGCUAGAGAGCAGUGGCUGGAGGGAAUGCUGAGGCAUGAAAUCGGUACGCACUACUUCCGCGGCAUCAACAACAGCCACCAGCCGUGGAGCAGCGGCGGGAGCAGAAAGAAACAUGGUCUGCGUCCCAUCAACCCCACGGAGGAGGGUCUGGCAAGCAUCCACAGCGUGCUCUUCCGCAAGGACCCCACCCUGUGGCGCGCCGCCCUGCUCUACUACACCGUCUACCAGGCAAGCCGCAUGUCCUUCUCACAGCUGUUUCACAACCUGGGCCGAUUCGUCCACGACCCCAACACACGAUGGGACUACUGCGUCAGAGCCAAACGAGGACAGACGGACACGGCGCUUCCAGGUUGUUUCAGUAAGGACCAGGUUUAUCUAGAUGGCAUCCUGAAGAUCCUCAGACACAAAGACAAGAUUGACUUCCAGCUGCUAAUGGCUCUGGGAAAGGUGUCCUAUGAGGAUGUGGAGCGUCUGAAGGGUUUGGCUCUGAUGGAGCAUGUACGGAUCCCUCACUUCCUGCAGGAUCAAGUGCGCUACACGGAGCAGCUUCAUAAAAUCAUGGAGGUCAACCAGUUAACCGACGAGGAGCUGUGCGUGCUUAUUCCCGAACACGGGACCUCCGGCAUAGACGGUUGUGUCGUGAGAUAGUAAAGAGUAGAGCCAGACCGAUAUAUCGGCAGGCUGAUAUUAUCGGCCGAUAUUAGGCAUUUUCUAAACUAUCGGUAUCGGCA